GGCCCCUGGCGCCUGCGGAGGAAGCAGCCGCGGGAGGGCGGCGAGGAGCUGCCCCUGUCCCGCUCCCCGCCCGCCUCGGCCCUCUGCGCCGCCUCCGGGGACAGGUACUUUGACAUACCAGACAGAAACUGUGCUGCUCAAGAAAAUCAGUUACCUUCAGUAUCGUAUCCAGGAUCAUACCCAAAUUCCCAGUUUUCUCAAGCUUUCCCAGCAAUUUCAAUAUCUGUUGCCUCAAUACCAGAAAUGCUCAAAAAGUCCAAGACACAGCCUCUGGAAUCUACUAAAGAAGAGAACAAAAAGAAGCCAGUUUUGGGAAAGCUUGGAAAUUUGUUUAGUCCAGGGAGGAGGAAACAUGCCAAAUAUCCAAUAGAAUCUUCGAGUCCAACUGUGAAAAGUAAGAGAUCAGUUUCUCCUUGUAAAGAGACGGCCACUGAGAAAUCGAUAGGCAUAGCAGACACAGAGGAAAGAUCUGAAACUCUGCAAGCACAGGAGGCUGCACAAAGUUGGGAUGCUGCAGAAUGUAGUAGUAAAGGAGCCUCUUCUGAUGAGUGGUCACCUGGUUGGAACAGCAGUAAUGAAACCAUAAAAAACACAUUUUUUGCAAGUGACUUUACUUUGGAGGGAUUAGAACUAGGAACAGAUCUCAUUAAUUCAACAACACCAGAUUUUCUGAAGAGCUUGAAUAGUGUAUCUUGUGAAGACUUAGAAAACAGCAUAUUAAACCACAAGCAAUUAGUGAAUGUGCAAGUUUCUGCAGAACCUGAGUAUGCAGAAUCAAAGGAAUUCCCACGGAGUUUGGAAUCCAAAGCAAGUGGGCGCGCACAGUCUACUAGAGUUUUAAAAUUUGAUAUCUAUCUUAGAAAAACAGAAGAAACACUUUCUCAUGAAUCUGUGGCUUCUGUAACAGGAGAAACGUGUGGGGAUAUAGACACAAUGGAUAAAAAACCUGCAAAUAGAAGAUCUGGAAAAAGGAGGAAAUCUCAGUCUUCUAGUGACACUCCAAAUGGUGAAAGAAACCAGACUGACAGCUCUUCAAAAGACGAUUCAGUUUUUGUUGAUGAUGCUUCCUCUGAUGCAGGAAAGAUAAACUCAGAGAGAAGAAUUAAGUCUCCUCCUCAGACUCCUGAACGGAAUUCUUUUUCUAGUAAUCAGGACUUAAAAGUUGGUUCUAGUCACAAGGGGCUUCCUAAAGCUGAAACUGAUAAAAGCAAACAGCAGGCUUCCACUUCAGCCCCAUUCAGAAGAAGAUCGCUUAAAAAGAAUCAAUCUGAUAUAGUCCCUGUUUCACCCACAGGUUCAAAGACUCAGGUAAAAGAUUCUGUGCCAAAAAGGCAAUCUGUAACAGCAACAGAAAGUAACUCAACAACGAAAAAUGCUUCAGUGGAAAAGGGAACUGUAUCUGUAUCCUCAGGUGAAAAUAACAUGGUUUCUAAGGUUGCUGCAGUUGCUAACACGGAAAACUCCACUUCAUUACUUGCUGAAGGUAGAACUGAAUCUAAGACAGUAAAACAGAUAAACAGCUUUGAUGGAAGAGCUCCCCUGUGUACGGAAAGGAUUGAAAAUGGAGAGCUAGGUAAAACAUCCGAAAAAUUAACACGUUCUGAUUCAGACAGCUCAAAUCGGAGAACUGUGGAUGGUUCCAGAAUGACAGUUACAACAAAAAUUAGUCUUCCAGCCAAACCCAAGAACGUAGAAUUGAAUUUUAAAGCACCUACGAGUCUUGACAACUUGGAAAGUGAGCAAGAGUCUCUUGAAAAAGCAGUUAAUAAAACUAACAACAGUAUUGCCAACAAAAUUUCCCUGUUUGAAAAUAAAUGUUCUCAUCAGAAUCAGCGACCUACUGAUGUCCCUGCUUCAAAAAACAGUGUUAUGUCAAAUGCAUUUGUUGGUAGAGCAAAGUUGAAAUUUGGAAAGCAAGCCACAGAAAAUGGACAACCUGAUAAAAUAAUAAAUAAGCAGAACAGUCACCAGAAGUUUUCUGAAAACGGGACACAGAUUAAAGAAGACUCUGCAGAAAUAAAGGUCAAACUUCAAGAAAGCUCUCAAGCAGGGACUCCAACUAAUGAGGAGGGUGGAAGGGUAGCAGAACUUAAAGUAAAAGCUGCUGGAUCUCUUUUCAACCAAACCAGCAAAGCAGAUGCUUGUUCUACCUUAUUAAAACAAUGGGAUGCAGAACCUCCUAUGAUUAAUAAUGACAGUUUACAACCUAAAUCUCUCAGUGAAUGUAAAAUCUUCCAAGAUGGUGAUAACCAAACAAUUGUGUGCUCAAAAUUACUUCAAAAUGAAAAAACAAUACUGCUGCCAAAAGUAGACAGCUCAUCACCUUGUAAUGAUAAGUAUCCUCUAAAGUCUGUUUUGGUUUCCAAGGAACCAGAAUUACAGAAGAUAGAAAACGAUUGCAAAAAGACGAAAAUAGGAGAUUCUACAAACAUACACUGUACCAAAGACAAUUUAGAUAACAUGCAGACGUUAGAGCAAAAUGUUACCAAUAUACAGCAAAGCCCAGACAACAUUUGUAAUGGUUCUGCUGCUCCCGAUGAUAGCAUUUUUGAUUCUCCAACUGACAUGAAGAAGUUUGCUGAAACUAUCAAAAAUCUAGACAGUUCAAUUUGUGUACCACAGAAGAAAAAAAGGCCCAAGCUUCCCAAAUCUCCAGCACCGUACUUUGCAAUGCCUCCAAUCCAUGAAGACAAUUUAGAGAAAAUAUUUGAUCCCAAUAUAUUUACACUUGGUUUGGGAGUAAAGAGAGAAAAGAAACAAGAUUUAUCCCCAGCCCAACAAAUUAAAAUGCAAAGUCUAGAAACUAUAGCUAAGGUAAGACCCAAGCGUAUAUCUACAGAGCAGAGUAUACUUUUCCAGUCGCUGAAGUCAUCCAACAGAAAUGAACCUAUAAUAGUUGAGGAAAUAAAUGGAAAAGAGAACAACGAUAGUGUAGAUGGUGAAAUUAAGAGAUCCCGUCUGGAAAAAAGUUCCCUCUACUCAAGUUUACUAUCAUCAACAGCUAAAGAAAAGAUUACUCCUCCUACAACCUCAGCAAAUACCAUCAUAACAGCUUUUGCAGCUGACUCCUCAGGCAUUCCUUCUUUACUGCUGAAUACUGCUGGACCAUUCAAUGUUCCUCAAAAGUCAGAGUCUCUUUCAGAUAAAGUUCCAAGUUACAUGGAAAAAUAUUUGCAAAUGGAUGAUGUGAAAAAAGAAUUAGGCUUACAAAUGCCAAAUUAUGGAAGCAAUGGCAAAAGUUUCUCAAGCUGGUUAGGGUCUAGCCAGUAUGAACAAAAUGUUCUUUCUGGUUCAUUGGAUAUAGAGGCUUUUUCAGCAAAUGGCCAAAAUAAAAUCAAUCCCAGACCUGGCAAGGUGGUGAUAUGCAGUGAACCAAAUGUUCAAGAGAAUAAUAUUGAAGUUUUUUAUGAUAUUUUGGAUUGCAGUUCUUGGGUGCUGUCACCAGUGAUUAAAGUUAAAGUUAUCCGAGGAUGCUGGAUUCUCUAUGAGAAACCAAAUUUUGAAGGAGCCUCUAUUCCUCUGGAGGAAGGAGAAUUGGAACUCACUAAUAUAUGGGAUGAAAAUACCUCAGAAGAAGAGGAAUGCAAAUCUGCUAAACCUACAGUGAUUGGUUCCAUAAAACAUGUAGUAAAGGAUUACAGGGUUUGCAGAAUUGAUUUAUAUACAGAACCAGAAGGGUCAGGUAUUGUAACUUCAUUUUUUGAUGACACUGAGGAAAUGGGCAUAUUUGGCAAAACACAGAAGACUUGUUCUAUCAAAGUACUUUGGGGCGUAUGGCUAAUUUAUGAAGAACCUGGUUUCCAGGGAAUUCCUUUAAUGUUGGAGCCUGGUGAAUAUCCUAAUUUAGCCUUCUGGGAGAAAAAGGAAGCCUACAUUAGAUCUAUGAGGCCCUUGAAAAUGGGUGGCCGCAAAGUUGAACAUACUGGAGAGCCCAAGGUAGUCAUUUAUGAGAAGCCUUUCUUUGAAGGGAAAAGCAUGGAACUGGAAUCAGAAAUAUUUACUUUUACUGUGGAAGAAAAACAAAAAGAAGAAUUAGGAUCAAAAAAGACAAUGCCGUUUACAUCAGUGGGGUCUAUAAAAGUGCUGGGAGGACUUUGGGUGGCUUAUGAGAAACCAAGGUUUGCAGGUCAUCAAUACUUACUGGAAGAAGGAGCAUACCAGUGUUGGAAAGAUUGGGGUGGUUACAGUGAGGAUCUGCAGUCCCUGCGGCCUGUUCUUGGUGACUUUGCAAGUUCCCACAUGAUAAUGUACAGUGAAGAAAAUUUUGGGUCUAAAGGUGCCAAUAUCAGUGUAUUAGGAAUAAUUUCCAAUUUAAAGGACACUGGAUAUGGACUGCGAACAAAAUCCAUAAACGUGUUAAGUGGAGUGUGGGUCAUCUAUGAGAAUCCUGACUUUACAGGAGAGCAGUAUAUACUUGAUAAAGGACUGUAUCCCAGCAUUGAAGCCUGGGGGGGCAAGAACUGUAAAAUAUCUUCAGUUCAGCCUAUAGUAGUGGAUGCUGCCAGUAGCCAAAUGGGGAAAUUCAAGGUCCAGUUAUUCUCAGAACCAGAAUUCAAGGGUAGUUGCCAAAUUGUUGAGAGAAACACCAAUCGCACUGGCAUUUCAUUUGCUACAAAAUCUUCAAAGGUUUUAGCUGGCAGCUGGAUAGCAUAUGAUAGAGAAGAUUUUUCUGGAAACCAGUAUGUAUUAGAAGAAGGAGUGUAUCCUACACUGUCUGCAAUGGGAUGUCCACCUCAAACAAACCUUCAGUCUCUACAAGUUAUCAACAUUGAGCUUUCUGAACCAUGCAUAGCCCUUUUUGAAAAGGAAGAUUUCCAAGGAAAGAAAAUAGAAUUUACUACAGAAAUCUUAAAUCUCCAGUUCCUGGGAUACAAUUCUCAAAUAGCUUCAGUUCAAGUUUCUGGUGGCAUAUGGGUAAUCUACGAACAUAGUAAUUACAGAGGACGUCAGAUGUUGCUAUCCCCCAAUGAUAUCCCAGACUGGUAUAAACUAAGUGGAUAUCACCAAAUAGGCUCUCUACGACCUUUAUUACAGAAAUGUAUAUACUUCAGACUUCGAAACAAGAAAACGGGACAGUUCAUUUCAACUGAUGGAAAUCUGGACAAUUUGAAUCUUCUCCGAAUACAGGUUUCAGAAGAUAAAUCAGAUGAUCAAAUAUGGGUUUAUCAGGAUGGAUUCAUCAAGUGCAGGAUGGUUGAAGAAUUGUGCUUGACGAUUGUAGGAAAUCUUAUAACUCCUGGCUCUAAGCUGGGUCUGUCACUUCAGCAGAAUGAAGACAAACAAUAUUGGCAUAUUCAUCCCGAUGGCCGAAUCUAUAGCAAGAUGAAACCAGAACUGGUUUUAGAUAUCAAAGGGGGCACACAGUAUGAUCAAAACCAUGUUGUUGUCAACACCAUCAGUAAAGAAAGGCCAACACAAUGUUGGGAGCCAUUGGUUGUGUAAGUCCACUCAAUUUUAUUGAGCAGAGAAGAAUUAUGAACCAGGAGCAUUCUGGAUACCACAACUAAUGAGACAUCCUUUGAAGAAGACAAAAGAGUUUGAUGAUGUGACACUUAUUCUUCCAUGAUUAUCAUAAGAACAAACAAUAGAAUAGCUUCAGUUCCUUCUUCACAGUAUUUGUAUGUCCCUCCAUCCCUGGCCUGAAGACCCUGUAGUCUGAUGCACAGUUCUCACAAUUCCAGGAUUGAGGUAUGCAAGUGCUGUUAGCUCCAUGUUUUUCUUUUUUACAGAUGGGGCACUGAAGCACAGGGAGGCUGGGUGCAUUGACACCAGAGUGGUGAUGAAUAGUUAAUCCAAAGUGUAUUAAAUAGGUGUCAUUUUAAAUGAUUUUCAGAAUUGCUUUUUAUCAGGGAAGUAUGUGAACCAAUAUAUUAAGAAAACAGGUAACACUUUGUUCCAUAAGGGAUUAGAGUACAACAGGUACAUGCAUAAAAUAGGCUGAGCUUUGUAAUGCACUGGAGUAUUCAUUUACUGACAGUUAAGAUGCAAGUGGUACAUUAGAACAAAAAAAUAUUUUUUGCUUACUGAAAGUGCUUAAGAGUUGCUUGGAACAGCAUUUCUAAGGAAUUUUUACCAAAAAAAAAAAAUUCAGAGACUAUUUUUAUCUAUUUUAGUAAAUUACUUACUAAAGACUAUUUUAAAGACUGUAUUUUAAUAAGUAACAAAUCUGAUUUCUAGUUUUUUUUUUUCUAUUAGACAGAGGUGACAUGAACCUCAGAUGUUUGUUAGCAAAAGCACUGGGCUGCCAGACAGGUGCAUCAGGUGUGAGGAAUGCACCCAUUUUAUAUCUGCUAGGCUGCCUUACUUUUUAUAAAUUAAAACUAUUGUACUUCUCUGCUAGUCUUAAAUU